AUGAAUCCCUCGACAUCUUAUCAAAUGACUCAACCAAUUACCGGCAUACCACGAUUAAUUGGUACUGUACCAUCAUCAUCAACACAAACUUAUUUUCCAACAUCGGUUUCAUCAACAAUGAUAAUAUCAUCUGCACACGAUCGAGCUUUUUUUAUCUGUAAAGAAUUAUUAAUGACUGAACGAACAUAUAAAAAAGAUAUUGAAGUUAUUGCUGAUAAUUUUCACCGUGAAUUAAUGCUAAUUAUUAAUGAACAAAAUGAAAUAUAUAUUUCAGAAGAAGAAGAACAACAACAUCAUUUAGAAAAAGAUUCAUUAAUUAAUUUAGCUGAUUUAUUAUUUGCACAUUUAAUACCUAUUUAUAAUUUUCAUAUUUAUUUUCUUCGACAACUUGAACAAAGAAUAUCACUUUGGGAAAAUCGUUCUAUACCAGGUAAUGAAUGUUUAUCGGGCGAAACAACAACUCAACGUAUCGGUGAUCUUAUUGUGAAUUUAGUAGAAAUUUUACCAAAAUAUGAAAAUUAUGUUGAAAAUUAUGAUAAUUUAUUAAGUGAACUUGAACAUGUACUUAAACGUAAUCGACGUUUUGAUUUAAUGUACAAAGAAUUUGAAUCACAAAAAUUUUGUUACUUAUCAUUUAUAUCAUUUUUACUUAAACCAUUACAAAGACUUUUACAUUAUGAAUAUUUACUAGAAAAAUUACUUAUAUAUUAUAAACAAAAUAAUCAUGAAAUUGAUUAUCAAGAUUGUUAUGGAAUAUAUAUUAAAAUUCAAGAUUAUAUUGAAAAUUUUACAGAAUCAUUAACAUUAUUGCAAAAUCGACAAAAAUUAAUUGAACUUCAACGUGAUUUAAUUGGUGUAGAUAAUCUUUCAAUUCAACAUGAUCGACAAUUUAUACGUGAAGGUUGUUUACAAAAGUUAUCACGAAAGGGCUAUCAACAACGAAUGUUUUUUCUAUUCUCUGAUGUUUUACUUUAUUGUGCUCGUAGUUCAAGUCCAAUACUUCAAUUUAAAUUACACGGUGAACUUCCAUUAAAAUUAAUGACAGUUGAAGAUAGUGAUGAACGUGUUAAAAUUCCUAAUUCUAUUACAAUACAUACGGGUACUCGAUCGUUACUUGUAGCAGCGAGUUCGGAAGCUGAAAAGAAUAAAUGGUUGAACGAUUUCAAAUCAGCUAUUGAAAAUAUAAAAACCAGUAGUGAUGAACAUAAAACUCAAUAUACAUCUACAUUAAAAUCGAAUGCAUCAUCGGAAAAUCUUGAUCAUUCAGUUGUAGGAACAAUUGAAGAAGAAAAAUCACAUCAAAUAGAACGUUCAUGUAUUCAACAUCGUGCUAAUACAACAAUGCAUGUAUGUUGGCAUAGAAAUUUAUCUGUGUCAAUGAAUGAUCAUAGACAAUCAAUUAAAAAUCAAUUGAGUGGUUAUUUAUUACGUAAAUUUAAAAAUUCAAAUGGUUGGCAAAAAUUAUGGGUUGUUUUUACAAAUUUUUGUUUAUUCUUUUAUAAAACUUAUCAAGAUGAUUUUCCAUUAGCAUCUUUACCGUUGCUUGGUUAUCGUAGUUCAUUACCAUCGGAAACAGAUGGUGUUAAUAAAGAUUUUGUAUUUAAACUUCAAUUUAAAAAUCAUGUGUACUUUUUUCGUGCUGAAAGUCAAUAUGCUUUUGAUCGAUGGAUGGAAGUUGUUUCAAGUACAACAAUAUCAUCGAUAACUGUUACAAGCGACUAG